AGUUGGACAGGACUGGACACAUGUAACUCUCUCCCAGAGGUUACUAUAUCCUCAGAAAAUCAUCAGCCAGUGCUGAAACGUUCUGCCUCCAGUAACACUUUUAGCAUGCCUGAAAGAAACGUAGAGAGUAUUCCUAUACAUCUCUCCAAACAAGGAAACCUAUUAAAUCUAGAAGAAGGUGUUGUAAAAAGUGAAGAUGCAGGACUUGGUACUACGAACAAUUUUCAAUUCGGUGCCAAGAAACGUCUUGAUCAACUGACAAUUGACUUCAAUCAACAAACAAUCUCUCGAUGUAGCUCUUUUGAAGGUUCUUGUACAAGUCUGGCCAACACUCCUACACCAGGAAAGAACAGCAAAUGUAGCUGGCAGAAGGAAAGGACAGGCAUUGUGGUGAUGCUGAGUGCUGUGUAUGCUAAGCUCUUGGUCGUCAUGGGCAUUUGCUUUCCUCUCGGUGAAGUAAUUUCACAUCGAAUUCCAAUUUCGUAUUACGAGGUGUGUAUAGAAUACGAGAAAUAGUUAACUAUAACAAAAGCUAUAAAUUAUUCUCAGUUGUGU